AUGUCAACUAUGGACAGUAUCUUCGCGGCCUAUGCCCAGCGCCAGUCGGCCCUGCAGGCAAGCGACAACAUCUUCACAAAGGGCAUCGUGUGGAUUGAAGGCUCCCUUGUACCCCUCCAUGAAGCCCGCAUUCCCAUCAUGGACCAAGGUUUCAUGCAUGGCGACUUGACCUAUGACGUCCCCGCCGUCUGGGAUGGUCGCUUCUUCCGUCUUGACGAACAUCUUGAUCGCCUUGAGGCGAGCGUCAAGAAGAUGCGAUUGCAAUUUCCUAUACCUCGCGAAGAGAUUAGAGCCACUCUACUCGAGAUGCUUGCUAAGAGCGGGAUCAAGGACGCCUUCGUUGAGAUCAUCGUCACAAGGGGCAAUAAGCCUGUGAGGGAGAUGACUCCUGGCGAGGUCCUUCAGAAUCAUCUUUACUUGCUUGUUCUUCCCUAUGUCUGGGUCAUGAAACCUGAGAUGCAGUACCAUGGCGGAAGUGCCGUCAUCGCCCGAACUGUUCGACGUAUCCCUACUGGCUCGAUGGAUCCCACCAUCAAGAACCUCCAAUGGAAUGACUUCACCCGUGGCAUGUUCGAAGCCUACGACCGAGGAGCCCAGUACCCUUUCUUGACCGACGGCGACACCAACAUCACCGAAGGAUCUGGCUUCAAUGUCGUGUUCGUGAAAAACAAUGUUCUCUACCACCCAUCUCGUGGAGUUCUGCAGGGCAUCACCCGAAAGAGUGUUAUUGAUGCGUCCAAGCAUUGCGGCUAUGAAACUCGUAUUGAGCAUGUCCCCGUCCAGCUGGUUUACGAGGCUGAUGAGAUCUUUAUGUGUACUACUGCUGGAGGAAUCAUGCCUAUUACUACGUUGGAUGGGAAGCCUGUCAAGGAUGGAAAGGUUGGACCUGUGACGAGAGCUAUUUGGGAUCGGUAUUGGGCUAUGCAUUGGGAGGAUGAGUUCAGCUUCAAGGUUGAGUACCAGAAGACGAAGCUGUAG